CAGCCGUGGGCGCUUUCAGCUCCGGAGUCCACGAAGUUGGGACAAGGGGUCACGAGAAGGGCGAGCCCGGGGGCGGCUGAAGGGGAUGCCUGUUCCGGGGACCCUAGUCCUGUGCUCGCCAUUUGGCUCACACCCUCCGCUCGCUGGAGCGGGGCCGUGGGGGCGGCCGCCGCGAGCAUGCGCGCCGGCACUGCGGCGGGCGGGUGUGGAGUCGGGGCGCGGGGACGCGGGGCGGCACGAAGCGGGGCCCUCUGCCGCCCCGCGCGCCCAUGUACGCCUUCUACUCGCUGCUCAUCUACAUAUUCUACAGCCUCUUUCGCAGGGAUGGCGGUGCAGCGGCGACCGCCGACCCCGGGGACCCCGCUCAGAGAGCCCACUGCAAGCCCAGGGGUCGCCGUCGCCCUGACCAGCUCACACCAGAACUGUGGACUGAGCUGACCGGUCUGGCCGGCAGGUCGGUGUCCGAAGAUGGGCGACAAGAGGGAGCUGAGGGGCCCUCAGCUGAGGUGUCCUUAGAAGAGGCUCUCACACGCCUGGCUGAAUUCCUCUCAGUCCAGCUAGGAGCAGAAGAGAGCUCUGGGAACCCUCCUCACCUGAGCAAGCCUACGGAUGUCCCCCCAUUGCUGACAGUGACAAGUCAGCUCUUGGCUCUUCUGGCAUGGAUUCGGAGUCCUCAGGGCAGACAGGUCCUGCUGCAAGGGACUCAGCCAGCCUCCAACCUGCAGCCUCCCAUUCCAGAUGGAUCCCCCUUGAAAGAAGAAAGCCCUUCCCCUGGGCCAGGAGAAGUACUAGGAGAAGAGGCCCAGGGUCAGCAGGCUUCCCAAUUGGAGGAGGAACAGAGAGCUUGGCAGCGACUGGAGCAGCUCAUUCUUGGACAGCUGGAAGAGCUGAAGCAGCAGCUUGAGCAGCAAGAGGAAGAAUUGGGUAGACUGCGCCUAGAAGUGGGAGCGACAGACUCAGAGAAAAGGGUUCAGCAUCUCACACUGGAGAAUGAGGCCCUGAAACAGAGUCUAAGUCUCACUCGAGAUCUUCUGCUGCACUGGGGUCCCAGCCCCUUCACCAGAGCCCCACAGGAGGAAGCAGAAGCAUUGUUGGAGCUCCAGGGCCGGCUUCAGGAGGCCCAGGAUACCACAGAAGCCCUCCGAGUUCAGCUGGGGGUGCAGGAGGUGCAGCUGCAGGGCCUUCGAGGGGCCCUCCAGCAGCUCCAGCAGGAGACGGAGCAGAACUGCAGACGGGAACUGCAGCAGGUGCAUGGGCAACUAGCAGGACUACGGGCACGGAUGGCCAGCCUGCGCCAAGGUUGUGGGGACCUCCGAGGAUUGGUCAGCACCUUUACUCAGAGCUGUCAGGGUUCGCUGAGUGAGGCCAGGGGCCAGGUAUCCUGGGCCCUGGGGGCACUAUCGGCUGGAGGCUCUGGGACUCAGCUCCCUGAUGAGCAUCAGGGGUCCCCAACUGGAUGCCAAGGAAGGCUGCUGGAACUCAAGGGAAAUAUCCGUGUGCUGUGUCGGUUGAGACCAGGGACACCCUCCAGCCUAGUGAGUGUGGAGCCCGGACCAGGGGGCACUGUCACCACCUGUUAUCGAGGGCGCCAACGUCGCUUCUGCCUAGACUGGGUCUUCCCUCCAGAUGCCAGCCAGGAAGAGGUCUUUAGGGAGCUAGAACCAGCUGUGCUGUCCUGCCUCCGAGGCUACAGUGUCUGCAUCUUCACCUACGGUCAGACCGGGACUGGGAAGACCUACAGCAUGGAGGGCCCACCUGAGGACCCUGGCAUAGCUCCCAGGGCACUGCAGUCCCUGUUCCGGGAGAUGGGGGCUGGAGGGCAGCACCGAGUGACCCUCAGCAUGGUGGAGAUCUACAACGAGGCAGUCAGGGACCUUUUGGCCCCAGGACCCCCAGAGCGCUUGGCAGUGAGGCAGGGCCCAGCCAGCCAAGGGGGCAUCCAGGUGGCUGGCCUCACCCACUGGGACGUACCAAACCUGGAGACCCUGCACCAGAUGCUGAGUGUGGGGAGGAGCAACAGGGCCACCGCAGCUACUGCCAUGAAUACACGGAGCUCGCGCUCUCACGCUCUGGUUACUCUGACGCUGCGGGCGGCGUACCCCCCACGAGGCCCUAGCCCCGCAGGCACACUGCACCUGGUGGACCUGGCGGGAUCUGAGCGUGCAUGGAAGGCAGGGGUGGCCAGUGUGCCGCGGGGUGACCCGAACAGCGCACAGCGUCUGCGGGAAGCGCAGACCAUCAACCGCUCACUACUGGCACUGGGAGGCGUGAUGGCUGCACUGCGCUCCCGCCGGCCACACGUGCCCUUCCGCGACUCGCAGCUCACGCGCCUGCUGCAGCCUGCGCUCGGCCCGGGGGCCACUGCGGUGCUCCUGCUCCAGAUCUCCACUCGGUUGGAGGACCUUGGGGAGACCGUCUGCUCACUUAAGUUCGCCGAACGAGUGGGUCAAGUGGAGCUGGGCCCUGCCCGGCGCCAGAAGACCCCGCGAUCCGGGACACCCUCCUCCCUCAGCACUGAUACCCCACUCACUGAGACCGCCUGCACCCCUACACCCUCUCCAGGCAGCCAAAGUCCCAGCCCCCAUGGGGACUCUGGUUUGGUUCUUGCGCCCCCAGGGGACCUGCCCCCUUAGUUCUAGGCCGGUGGAAGGGGCCUGGGUGCCCCUCUGCUGGCAGAGGCAGCUUAAGAGCCCCUGUACCGCAUCUCCCAGGACAACCUGCUUGACCUCUGGAGGACAAUUGCCCCCCAAUCUCCUCUCUUCCACCCCUGGCCAGAGAAGUGUUAUGCCUGGAGAAAUGGUUGUGCCCCACCCCAUUGGGCCAGAGGCCCUCAGCUCCCUCCUUAUCACCAUUUGCUCUUAUCACAGCACACAGCGGGAGAUCCCAGAGCUACAGGAGCCAGACCCCAGCCAAGUGGCUUCCCAAGUCACCACCUCUGUCCCCAAAAAACCAGACUUGGCAUUAAAAUGCUGUACAUUUCUUUACUAUUAUCUCCCCCAUCAUCUUCACCCCAAGACUAUGUAGGGUCUAGUUUUUAUUCCCUUACCCUUUUCCCAAAAGGUGCUACCUCCUUCCCAGACAGUUGAGGGAGGCAGGACUUCAGGCUGGACCUACCAUUAGGCUCUCCCUCCCCCAGCCUGGAGCCAGCAAGGGGAGGGGACAGAUGGUGAUGGAUGGAUAAAUGGAUGGUGGUGGCCUGAAGGUGAGACCAAGAAGGGCUACUCCAGGCUGAGCCCUGUUCCUCCAGCUUUGCCCCUGGGUGUGGGGGAAGCAGGGGCAUGACUGACCUGGGCCCGGGUCCUGAAUAGUUGGGCUGCAACCCUUUCUGGGGUAGACCAAUAAACAUUGUGGACUCUCAA